GUGACCCCAGGUCAGAUGAUCGAUCACAUGCCUUGCACGGUACCAGAGUUCCGGAUCCGCGAACUUGUCUUUCCACUCUACUAAAAGCUCGACAACCUGUGAAAACAUGGCAUGGGGGAAACUGUGGACCUUCUGCGGGGUGGCGGUGCUACUGGUGCCGCUCGCUGUGGCGGACACUCCCGCUAACUGCACUUACGCAGACAUGCUGGGCACCUGGGUGUUCAGUGUGAGUCAAGGGGGGAACGACAAGACCCUGGACUGUACGGAUCCUGGCCCAGCUACCAACAACAUCACCGUGCAGUUCUCUCACUUCUCCACGGCAACUGUGAUGUCAUCUGGAGGCUACACGUUCGACGUGAACGGUUACUGGACCCUCAUCUACAACCAAGGCUUUGAGUUCAGGGUGCUGAACAGGAAGUUCUUUGCCUUCUUUAAGUGGACGGGUGAGGGAAAGAACGCCACCAGCAUGUGUAAUGAGAUCAUGCCAGGUUGGUCACAUGAUGUGUUGGGCAAGGACUGGGCUUGUUUCCAGGGAAUGCGGAUUAAACCGGAACAGAAACCACGACAACCCACACCUGCUGUAUACCACUCAGAGGCCAAGGAAAGGCGUCUCCAGCAGAACUACAAGACCAACCUGGACUUCAUCGACCAGAUCAACGGUGCCCAGUCCUCGUGGCAAGCUGGGGUGUAUCCUGAGUAUGAGAAGUUCACUCAUGAGGACCUCAUCAGGAGGGCAGGGGGCAAGAAGUCAAGGCUACCACACCGCCCCAGGCCUGCACCUGUUACCGAGGAAACCCGCCUUGCUGCUGCCCAGCUGCCGGAGUCAUUUGAUUGGAGGAAAGUGAUGGGACUGAACUUUGUGUCACCUGUCAGGAACCAAGAGCAAUGUGGCAGCUGUUAUUCCUUUGCUUCCAUGGGGAUGUUGGAGGCCAGGCUGCGAGUGCUGACCAACAACACACAGCAGGUUGUGCUGUCCCCGCAGGAGGUUGUCAGCUGUGGCAAGUACUCACAAGGCUGUGAGGGAGGGUUCCCGUACCUGAUUGCUGGGAAGUAUGCUGAAGACUUCGGAGUGGUGCUGGAGGACUGCUAUCCUUACGAGGGGAAGGACAGCUCCUGUAAGGACACCUCCAAGUGUAGGCGGGGAUACGCCACAAACUACAGGUACGUUGGUGGGUUCUACGGCGGAUGUAACGAGGAGCUGAUGCAGCUGGAGCUGGUGAAGAACGGCCCGAUGGCCGUCGCCUUCGAGGUCUACGACGACUUCCUCCACUACAAGGGCGGCAUCUACGAGCACACGGGGCUCCGCGACCCCUUCAACCCGUUUGAGAUCACCAACCACGCAGUGCUGCUGGUGGGGUACGGGAGGGACCUGGAGACCGGCGCCAAGUUCUGGACGGUGAAGAACAGCUGGGGAGAGUCGUGGGGGGAGGAGGGGUUCUUCCGUAUCCGCAGGGGCAUGGACGAGUGCGCCAUCGAGAGCAUCGCUGUAGCUGCAGACCCCAUCCCUCUCAUGUCCUAGACUACAGGGUUUGUGUGUUCCUCUGUGUCUUAGGCUCAUUACUAUGUAUCCAUUAAUGCAAACACAUCUUUUCUGUUUUCUUCAUAGAUAGGUAAAAGGACUUCCAGGUCUUCAUGCAUAAGAUUCAGAAGUAGUCAAUAACUUACUCUUUCUGACUAAACAAUUUCCACCCAGGGACUUGAUUCUAGAUUUCACAUGCAUGUAGUCAAGAUCUAACACUUACAAACAUAUUUGCACAUUGUGCUGGCUGUAAUUUUCGGACAACUUAUGGGCAACAGGAGCUCAUGACACCUGUAUAUUAUGCUAUAUUAGGUGCAAAAAUACUGCCAUCAGCUGCAUAUUUUACAAAGUAUGGUUUUGUUCCUUUUGUGAAUGAUGUCCAUUUUUCAUUCAAAAUGUAAAUUUUUGUGAAUAUAUAUGGCAACCAUCACACAGUAAGGAGAUACUUUUUAAAAAAUCACUGUCAAAAAGAGUCAGUUGAAUGUGUGAGAGCAAGGACAUUAUGUCCUUGGUGAGAGACUUUCCUUCAAAAUUCAAGAGCUGUGAAUUAUAUAUGGACUGAAGCUGCUAUUGCACAGAAAAUAAAGGAUCGAUAUUCCCUA